AUGUGGAACAAAUGGCUUGAUAAUGUAUUGAAAAUAGUGCCAAUAUCAAACCUGUUAUAUUUAAUGAGUUCAGAUAGAAAGCAGACAAAAACACUAAAGAACAUGCAGAUUAGACAUGAAAGUGCAAUGAGUUCAAUGCUAGCAGUAAGUACCAUAACUGCUCAGAAACGAAAGACUAUUUUCGAUAGGAAUUCUUUACUACUAGACCAAAAGUACAGUCCAGUAGAAGAAAUUAAAGAAAUAGGAGAAGAUAAGACAGAAACUCCUUUAGUCAAAGAGUUAAAGAAAGCCUUUCAGAAAUCCGAGAAUCCAGUUACUGGAAAAACCGCAUAA